AUCCCCAGCAUCCGCGCGCUCGAGGGGCGGCGGGAGGGGCGCGUGCCGACCGCAGGAGUUCCGGGCGUGUGGGCACUGGGCGUGGGCGAGGUCCGGCCGCCUUGCCGCCCUUUGUGCCGCGAGACCCCGAUCUUGGGGUGCAGCCGCGCUUGGUGCGCGAGUCCCUCGAUCGUGCAUGCGCCUCGGUCAGCCUAAGUUCAAGGAGUCCGGAGCAGUGGAGGCCUUGGGCCGUGGAGUGCAGCCCCUCAGUGUGCAGACCAGAGAGACCCAGGGAGUUACUUUUGUCCGUAGUAUAGACUCACCCGUGACGAAGCACGGAUUAGAAUCCCAACACCCUUAUUAGUCCAUUGCUCUGUCCAAAGUCCACACUGUAAGGGCAUAAGGACAAUAAUCUCUUCUUCCUCCUAUGUCAGAAAUCAGCCUGAGAAGACUGUGCCCAUUAGCUCUCUAGUACCGCUAAGGCCUUAAUCACGGGUCCCGAGAGCCCUAAGUCUUCUCUUUGCUUGCUGAUCUCGUACCUUAAUGUGCAAAAGAAUCACAUUGGGAACUGUGAAAAUUCAGAAUCCUGGGCCUCACUCCCAGAGGAUCUGAUCUACAUGUGUGGAGAUGCCCAGGAACCUGCUUUAUUCUCAUUUGUCGUCCCACCUCUCCCCCAUUUCAGAACCUCGGUAACCUCUGCCAAAGUGGCUGUGAAUGGCGUUGAACUGCAUUAUCAGCAGACUGGAGAGGGAGGUCAUGCAGUCCUGCUACUUCCUGGGAUGUUGGGAAGUGGAGAGACAGAUUUUGGACCUCAGCUCAAGAACCUCAAUAAGAAGCUCUUCACAGUGGUCGCCUGGGAUCCUCGAGGCUAUGGACAUUCCAGGCCCCCAGAUCGCGAUUUCCCAGCAGACUUUUUUGAAAGGGAUGCAAAAGAUGCUGUUGAUUUGAUGAAGGCGCUGAAGUUUAAGAAGGCUUCUCUGCUGGGGUGGAGUGAUGGAGGCAUAACCGCACUCAUUGCCGCUGCAGAAUAUCCGUCUUACAUCCACAAGAUGGUGAUCUGGGGCGCCAAUGCCUACGUCACCGACGAAGACAGCAUGAUAUACGAGGGCAUCCGAGAUGUUUCUAAAUGGAGUGAGAGGACAAGAAAGCCUCUAGAAGCCCUCUAUGGGUAUGACUACUUUGCCAGAACCUGUGAAAAGUGGGUGGAUGGCAUAAGACAGUUUAAACAUCUCCCAGAUGGUAACAUCUGCCGGCACCUGCUGCCCCAGGUCCAGUGCCCCACCUUGAUUGUGCACGGUGAGAAGGAUCCUCUGGUCCCGCGGUUUCAUGCUGACUUCAUUCAUGAGCACGUGAAAGGCUCACGGCUGCAUUUGAUGCCAGAAGGCAAACACAACCUGCAUUUGCGUUUUGCAAAUGAAUUCAACAAGUUAGCAGAAGACUUCCUGCAAUGAGAAUGCGCACUUGAGUCUUGGUGGUUCCUUCGUGUGGGGCUUGAUCGUGUUGCUGCCUGUUACCAUGAUGCCUUUGAAACUCUCCGCCUUGGAAACUUUCUACCCCUCCCUGCAAUCUUAUCCUGACCACAUAAGAAUAAUGACAUACUGAAAACAGCCUCUAGCUUCAGGCUGGGUACGGUGGCUCACCGCUAUAAUCUCAGCACUUUGGGUGGCUGAGGUGGGAGAAUUGCCUGAGUCUAGGAGUUCAAGACCAGCUUGUGCAAUAUAGGGAGACUCUGGCUCUACAAAAAAAAAAAGUUUUUAAAAAUUAGCCAGGCAAAGUGGCACACACCUGUGGUCCCAGCUGCUCCGGAAGCUGAGGCGGAGGAUCACUUGAGCCAAUUCAAAGCUGCAAUGAGCUGUGAUUGCAUCACUGCACUCCAACCUGGGCAACAGAGUAAGACCUUGUCUUAAAAAAAAAAAAAAAAGGAAUAAAGCCUCUAACUUCAAUAGCUAUGAAAAUUAAAUCUGAUUUUCUAAUAUGAAGUUGUGAUAGGUUAUACCAUUGUCUUAACAGGUGAAUUCCUGCCAUAAUUUACUUUCAAAUAAAUUUUACCUGGAGAAUGUGUAGUGUCAAUGUUGGAGAUUUUAAGACUUCUUGAAUUUAUACUGUGCCUUUUAUCUGAGAAGUUCAAGCUUCACUUGUGUUUUUAUUUGUGUUUAUCAUAUUCAAAGAGAAGUAGGGAGAGUCUGUGCCCGAGGUCCUCAAUUCUAAGAUCAUAGGAUGUCCAGACCAGCAGCAGAUAGGAGCAGGUUUGCUUUACCCCAUAUCCCUCUUUACUCCUGGUUCACUUUUGAGAGAUGAAUACUUUGGGCCAGUAAAGGCAAACAAAAUACGUAUUUUCAUGGCUCUGUACUGAAAGGGCAGGAAUGCUAUUAAUUAAAAUACUAAAGCAGAAAUCCUA